AUGAUGAAUAAUCUACAAGUAUUGAUAUUUCUAUUAUCAUUGAAUGUAUUUACUACUCAAUAUCUUCUUUAUGAUACGAAUGAAUCAUCAAUCUCGAAAUCAGUUUUUGACUGUCUUUAUGCUCAUUUGAUAGAUUAUGACUAUUAUGGGGAUUACCGAUAUAGAACGAUCCAUCAGAUUGUUCCAUAUUGUCGAAGACUCGAUCAAAAUGAUGCACCAGAUGACUUCUCCAAUAUUUCACAAAGUAAUAUAAACAAUAUCAUUACAUUUGAACAAUUGUAUAAACAAGGUGUAACAAGUACACAAUUACUUAAUUGGUCAGCAUCAAUUGAUAUCGCUGAAAAAUAUGAAAUAAAAGGUGCAGAUUCGACAGAGAUUUUUUACAAUUGUUCAUCACCUUGGUUUGGCUCAAAAUGUCAAUAUAGAUUCGAGAAUAAUGUUCAAGCAACUUUUCAUGAUAUUGUUCGAUUACAGUUUUUCACUCGUAACACUUUCGGGUAUCAACUGGAAUAUCUCAGCGGAACAUGUUAUUCUUUCUUAAAUAAUUGUAUUAGUAAUGCACCAAUAACAUGUCUUGAUUGGCGUAUGAUUUGUGAUGGAAAAUUUGAUUGUAUCAAUCGAAUGGAUGAAGAUAAUUGUCAAAUAUUGGAAACGAAUGAAUGUCCUUCUGAUACAUACAGAUGUCAUUUUGGUGGACAAUGCAUUCCAUUGGCAUUUGUACGCGAUGGAUCUAAUACUGCUGAUUGUCUUGAUGGAACUGAUGAAAUGCAUUUAUUCGAAAAAAGACGUUAUCAUUUCGCCAGUAGCUGCUUUAAGAUUCCAACAUUUGCAUGCGAAGAACGCACUGGACCAUAUCAACGUUAUUUUUCAUGUAGUGAUGGUCAAUAUCAUCCUAGUGAUAAAAUAGAUCUUAUGCAUUUGUGCGCUAACGGUCGACAGUUCUUAGAACAUUUGCAUCAUCAACUAUAUUCGGUUCCAAUUCUGAUGGAGAUUUCAGAUGAAAUAUUCGACUCAACAUUAGCCUCGAAUGUGAUGUAUCUACAAAAAAUAUUAAAUCAAUCAGCUUCGAUAUUUAGUUUGAUGCCAUGUACAGCUAUAGACAAAAAAUGUUUGUCAGAAUGGAUUUUUAAGGCUAAAUUCUACUAUAUGUUUUGGAAAUUUCACUUUAUUUACUUACCUGAUCGAUUAGUGAAAGAUCUAAUUAUCCUAAAUUAUCCUGAUUUUAUUUGCUUUUAUAUUCAAGACUGUUCGGUAAUGAUUAAUUGUGCUGUAGAAAUAGGAUUAGAUGACGAACUAAUUUGUUGUCCUUCUUCAAAAUUAUUUGAUACAUCAAUCAUUAAUGGUGACGAUCUAUUCUAUGCUAUAAAAAAUCUAUUUUUCCGUUGCACCACAACAGGUGUAGAUCAAUCCUGCUCACAUCCCUCACUUUUUCAUUGUUCACUUUCAUCAAAAUGCAUAUCGAAACAUCGUCUACUAGAUGGCAUUUCUGACUGUUACUAUGGUGAAGAUGAAGCAGAUGUUCAUGCAUGUCAUCUCAAUGAUUCUCAACGAUUUAUUUGUGAAUCAGAGUCAAACAAAUGUUUAUCACUAAUAUUAGUGCAAAAUGGAAACAAAGAUUGUAAAGAUGGUGAAGAUGAAAUGACUGAAAAUCAACGUAAUAUGUUAAAAGGAAUUGUUCCAUUUAGUCUUAUAUGUAAUCAUAAAAAUGAUUAA